GUAGUUUGGUUGUGGCUCUGGGUGGAGGAAUUUUUUGGUUAGGAAUAAAAAUGGGUGCCAAAAAUAAAGCCAGCCAAACCAAAGUUGACCAACAAAGAGUUAAAUUAGAAAAAGAAUUACAAGAAUUAAACGAGCAAUUACAAAACGAAAAUGACCCCGCCAAAAAACAAGAAUUAGAGCAAAAGGUCGAAACAAUAGAACAACAAAUCCAAAAGCUAGGCCAUAAUUCUCCCAACCCACCGAUUAAUCCAGGUGGCAAUGGACAACAACCACCAAUUAAUAAUAAUAAAACUCACCGGCAAAUUACUGUUGAAUACAAUACCGAAGUAGGAGACAAACACGAAUAUAUGGAUAUUAAUGACAACAAAAAAAGAGUUUUAAUUGAUACCAAAAACAAGCAAUAUAAUUUUUCUUUUUACGAGGAGGAUGCCACUGAAAAAAGAGGAAAUAAUUUCAUUUUUGACGAGAAUAAUGAUAAUUUUCAAUUAAUACUAUAA